CCAGCCCUCUACCACCCUCUCUCCAUCUCUCCCUCUGUCCCUCUCUCUUUCUGAUCGUGUGAUCCUACUCUCCCGUUUCUGUCCCACUUUCCUCAAAUCAACAAUCCUUACCCCUCCUUCUCCUCUUCACACCGUCACUAUGGCUGCCCGUCCCCAGAACAUCGGUAUCAAGGCCAUUGAGGUCUACUUUCCUCGCCAGUGCGUCGACCAGGCCGAGCUGGAGAAGUUCGAUGGCGUGGGUGAGGGCAAGUACACAAUUGGUCUGGGUCAGACCAAGAUGAGCUUCUGCGAUGACCGUGAAGACAUCUACUCCAUCUCCCUUACCACCUUCGCCUCCCUCCUGAGCAAGUACAACAUCGACCCCAAGUCCAUUGGCCGCCUAGAGGUCGGUACCGAGACCCUCCUGGAUAAGUCCAAGUCCGUCAAGUCCGUUCUCAUGCAGCUCUUGGCUCCCCACGGAAACACCAACGUCGAGGGUGUCGACAAUGUCAACGCCUGCUACGGAGGUACCAACGCCGUCUUCAACAGCAUCAACUGGCUGGAGUCCUCCGCCUGGGAUGGCAGAGACGCCGUCGUGGUUUGCGGUGACAUUGCUCUGUACGCCGAGGGUGCUGCUCGCCCCACCGGUGGUGCUGGCUGCGUUGCCAUGCUGAUUGGCCCCGACGCCCCUAUUGUCUUCGAGCCCGGUCUUCGUGCCUCCUACGUCACCCACGCCUACGACUUCUACAAGCCCGACCUGACCAGCGAGUACCCCGUCGUCGACGGCCACUUCUCCCUCAGAUGCUACACCGAGGCCGUGGAUGCCUGCUACAAGGCCUACAACGCUCGCGAGAAGACCCUGAAGGAGCAGGCCCAGAACGGCACCAACGGUGUCUCUCAGGACGAGACCAAGUCUGCUCUGGACCGCUUCGACUACCUCUGCUACCACGCCCCCACCUGCAAGCUGGUGCAGAAGUCUUACGCUCGUAUGCUGUACAACGACUACCUCACCAGCCCCACCCACCCCGCUUUCGCCGAGGUCGCCCCGGAGCUUCGUGACCUGGACUACGAGAAGUCUCUCUCCGACAAGAACGUCGAAAAGACCUUCAUGGCCCUGACCAAGAAGCGCUUCGCUGAGCGCGUGAAGCCCGCUCUGGAGGUUGCCACCCUCUGCGGUAACAUGUACACUGCCACUGUCUGGGCCGGUCUGGCUAGCUUGAUCUCCCACGUCACCUUCGACCCCAGCCAGCCCAAGCGCAUCGGCCUCUUCUCCUACGGCAGUGGUCUGGCCAGCUCACUGCUCAGCGUGAAGAUCGUCGGUGACGUCUCCAACAUGGUCGAGAAGGUUGACCUCAAGAACCGCCUCAGCAGCAGAACCGUCCUGCCCCCCCAGUCUUACGUUGAUAUGUGCGACCUCCGCAAGCACGCUCACCUGAAGAAGAACUUCAAGCCCUCCGGCAGCACCGAGACUCUCUUCCCCGGUACCUACUACCUGACCGAGGUGGAUGAUAUGUUCCGCCGCAAGUACGAAGUCAAGGCAUAAAUGAUGACGAGCCCAUGAUGGACAUGCUUUCGACCCUGUUUCUUUGGACAUGACCAUUUUCUUUUAGACGGUUUACUAGAUUCCCUUCAGCAUGCGUGUGAUUUAAUGUGUUGUUCCACCUUCAUAGAGCUCGGAUACAGCGGGUUGCUCUGACCGAGUUUUCGGGUCUGUUUUUCCUUGCUCCUUUUCUUGGUGCUUUAAUGUUCUAUAUCGUGUUCGUGGGUCCUCCUAGGGAGGGCAGGACGCAGUUAUACAAGGCAGUGGCCGAUAGUCCCGGACAAGAGUCGUGGGAAAUGAUAUUAAUAUAGUUAAUCAAGAUAUGACAUGAAGAUGUG